AUGAGAUGUUGUGCUCAUAUUGUAAACUUGAUUGUCAUUGAAGGAUUAAAAGAGAAGCAUGAUUCGAUUGCUAGCAUUAGACAUGUUGUCAGAUAUGUUAGGCCUUCUCCCGCUAAGCUCAAAAGGUUUAAAGAAGUUGUAGAAGAAAAAAUUGAAUGCAAAGGACUUCUCUCUUUAGAUGUCCAAACGAGGUGGAACUCUACAUAUCUCAUGCUUAAUUAUGCAAAUUUUGUGAAGUAUUUUGAGGAGGUUGACAAAGAUGGAAAGAAAAAGGAGGGGUCGCCUACUGAAAUGGACUGGGAGAAUGCAACUGUAUUUGUGGAGUUUUUGGAGACUUUCUACGAGAUUACAUUAAGGUUUAGUGGAUCAACCUAUGCUACAGUAGACAAAAUGGCAGUUGAGGAGGAUGACCCGUUGUUAGCGAGUAUGGCACAGAGCAUGAAGGUGAAAUAUGAAAAAUAUUGGGGAAAGAUUGAGGAAUGUAAUGAGGCCCUUAUAAUUGCCUUGGUUCUUGACCCAAGAUACAAGUUCAAGUAUCUCACCCAUUGCUUCAAAGCUUUUUAUGGUCCGCUGACAUGCGCUCAGAUAGUUAAUGAGCCUAGUAGAUCUUCCUCUUCCUCAUUCACUACUACUUCUAGUUUGAAUAAGUAUGCUUCGUUGCAUGAUGAGUUUGUACAACAAAGGAAUGAGGAAGAUGGUGGUAAGACAAAAAAUGAGGUUGAUAGGUAUCUAACUGAGGAUGUUUAA